AUGCACUUACCUCCUAAUGUUGCAGAGAUUCAGUGGAGAACUAACCAGGACCUUGCAGCUGAGAAUUACAUGAUGUCUAUGGGGCCUUGUGCUUAUAAUCCAUAUUGGACUGGCAUCCAACCUGGAAUGGAGGCAUUUGUACCCCCUUAUGGUGGUACCAUGCCCUAUAUGGGUGGGUUUAGUCAUAUGGAUCUUGCAUUGGGAGGUGUCUUACCUCCUGACUCAUUUGCGGGACCGGGUUUUAUGUUGCCUUAUGGCCCACCUCAGAGGGACCUUGCGGACUUAGCAAUGGGAUUUAACGCUGGGCCUGGGCCAAGGAAAAUGAGCAGAGAGGAUUUUGAAGCUCGUAAUGCUUUUAAAAGGAAGCGUGAAAUGGAGAGGAAUGGUAUUAGGGAGUUACCCAAGGAUCAGGAAUAUGGUAGAGAAAUGAGCAGCACUGGCAACAUUUCUUCUAUGAAAACCAAAUCUAAUCCUUUAGAAUUUCCAGAAUUUGAAGGAUCCAAGGGCAACGAUUUUGCCGCAUAG